AAGCCAUAGGCGCCAGACUUUGCGGCGCUCGCGGCGGCAGAGCUCGUGAUACGCUGGUUUACAGCAGAAUUGUUCGUCUAGCAGCAGUACUAUACGACAGAGCUCAAGUCCCGUGCUCGCAACAGUACGCAACAGCAGUUUCAGUGAGAGCCCUCUCAAGAGGCAGAGGACAAUGGUGCGCGCCACGCAGCAGUGGCGCCGCCACUCCUUCUUCCGCAAAAGUGCAUUGGGCGACGCCGUCAAGCAACUAGGACUGCCCGAGGGAGCGCAAGUGACCUGCGCCCAUUUAGUGGAAUUGAAACCGAGACGAGAUGAAGACGCCAUCACGAUGAGCGACGUCGACGAGGCCACGACGAAACAACUGAAGGAGCCUUCCAUAAAGGCAUUAGUGGUAGUAGGAGAUAAUGGCGGUAGAAUAGUGGUUUGUGACGGCCACCUCUCCACGCCGUCGUUCCUGCCGCCCUUCGAUUCAAGGUCAUUACACGUCCACGCCGUGACCAGGGGAAGUGAGAAGGACGUCGCACGAGUCGGCGCGGUCGUCGCGGCCGUCGGCUCGUCGAGAGACGGCAGCUAUUUACUAAGGACCUUCGCCGUUUCUGAUGACGGCGCCUUCGCCGGCGGCGUCGCCGAGUUACCUUUGACUAAAGAUGCGCCGGCAUCUCUAGCUUUAAGGAGCGACGGCCGGUUGUGCGCGAUCGGGUUGGAAAGUGGUUCGGUCACGCUUGUGAGUGUAGGAGCGUCGAUCGCGUGCUCCGAGGAUGAUCUCUCAAGAAACCCCGUGGCGCCGGGCGACAAGCCGCGGUUCGUGGAUUUUGCCGAUGCCGCGGCGCGGAGAAUAGGACGGCAGCUGCAGACGGACAAGGCCGACGAGUUGCUGGUGGUCUGUGGGUCCGUCAAGCCGCCGCGAAGUGCACCGUGCGUCGCCUUGGCCUUCGCUUCCUUCACGGAAGAGACGUAUUUGUUUGUGGGGAGUCAGGUGCGGCGCUUCGCGGGCGACAGGGUGCGGCGCGGCGUCCUCAUUCAUCGUGUGUCGCGGCGAUGGCGUCGAAGCGACGCCGUCCUCGCGUCGGCUCGACGCCAUCGCGGCGAGAGCGCCGCCGUCGCGACACAAAAUCACACAGGUCGAGGGCGACUCCGAUGAUGAUGAUGACGCCGGCGGUCAAGUAGUUUGCUCAAAAAUCCCCGAUGCCAUAUCUGGUACUCUACCUUCAUCAGUGCUCGACGAACGGGGCUGCGGCCCGGGAUUGAUGAGUUUUGACGGCGAGAAAAUCAUAGUAGCACGUUCAGAUGGCCUGUACCUCUACGCGACGGACGAGCGACGGGGCGCGCUGGGCUUCGACGGCCCGAAGACGGCUUUAUCGUGUCUCGGGGACGGGCUCGUGGCCGUCGCGGCGGUCGGAAGGUACAAGCGCUCCGAGGUGACUAUUUACGACAUCAUACAAAGGCGUAUUGUACACUUCGCUCGAUUGCAACAGGGCGUCGCGGCAGCUUGUUUGUUAUCAGCUUUAGCUAGAAAGCCGCCGGAACCCGCAGAUUACGUCGACGGGCGGCGACCGCUCAUGAAGCCCCUGUCAUCGGUCAUCAUGCUCGCGACGGAUGGUGGAAUAGUGAGGUACGACGAGAAGAGUACACCGGAAAAACUCGACGGCCUCUAUAAAGAGAGAAGCUAUGCCUCUGCGGUCGAUGUAGCAUUGAAGAGCGGUUUACCAAAAAGGGCGGCAUCACAAAUCUUCCGCAUGUACGGCGACCACCUCUGCGACCAAUCACAAUACGGAGACGCGGCGCAACACUACGCGCACACCAUCGGGACGGUGCCGCCCUCAUAUGUCAUCCAAAAAUUUUUGAACGCGCGUCGCUUCGAAGAGUUGGCUGCUUAUCUGUUAAAAGCCCACGGCAAGGACGAGACGAAGCGACAGUUUGUCCUCGAUGACCCUUAUGGUUUUCCUAGACCUCUUGAGGAAUUAGAUGAGUUAAAAACCCGGCCCGAAUUGACUACCUUACUCAUCAACUGCUACGCCAAACUCAAAGACGUGGCGGCCUUGGAUCGAUUUGUGAGAAAUGAAGACGACUUGGCGGUCGACGGCGCGACGGCCGUCGUCGCGCUGCGGGACGCCGGUUAUUAUGGACACGCUGAGAAGGCAGCAGUAGCCUUCGAGGAGUUCGAAUGGAGAUGCGUCCUGGCGUUGGAGCGGGACCCCUGGCGGCCGGAAGAGGCGUUGGAGUUCUUCGAUCGCAUGGACGUCCUCUCGCGCUUCAGAUGUGUGAGAAGAUUCGGCAUUCGAUUGGUGAAGGACUUCCCCGAUCGAACGACGGAGUUACUGAUGCGCCUGGCCACGGCGCCUGACGUGGAGGUCGACGAUUGCGUCCGGCCCGAGGACGAGAACACGCCCGUCUGCUACGAAGAAGAGUUACAAUUAAGGAAGGAAGAGUUAAGACAGAGAAAUCGACCCACGACCCCGCAAGCGUUUCCCCCCGACAGUGAUAGCGACGACGAGGGCUUCACGUGCGACGACUUCCCCCACUUCUUCGUGCACCGGCCGGGGCAUUUGCGGCUGUUUUGUGAUUACGUCAUGAAUUUUGACGAGCGCGGUCGGACGCGGAACAUCUGCACGACGCUUUGCGAGCUACUUAUUGACGAGUGGCGGUCGCUGAAGGAUAAUGAUGGUAGUGAGGAACUCUUGGAGCAGAAGUCGGAAGAUAUCAUGGCUUUACUGCGUUCAGAUGCGCCGUACGACCGCAUGGUCGCGCUUGUAUUGGUCGAGACGCGGGAGUUCCCGUUUGUAGCUGUGUCCGUGAUCCUGGGGCCGUCGCCGUCGCGGCGAUGGCGUCUUCAUGGGACCGCGUCGCCACGACGUCGUCGACGCGGCCGUCAGAGUCUACGCGUCUCGUGAGAGAACCGCGGUGUCGCCGCGACACAACGUCCACGCCACGCAGGCCCGGCACGCUCUACCUCUACGAGACGAAGUUCGCCCAGGAACCGGUACCGUACCAAGAUAGGAAGGAGCCCUGGUGGACGCGGCGGCAGAAGCGUCGAAGCCAGAAGUUUCGCGACGCGGUACGACCGGAAGAAAGAAUCAUCCCGCACGGUCUGCGGAACGGCAUUUUAGUACAAGAAUACCACAAGCGAGGCCGCAUCGGCGACAUGCUGCGCAUCUGCCGCGCGGAAGGUCGAUCUGAUCCGCUGUUGUGGAUUCUCGCGUGUCAGACGACGGCGGGCGCGAUUCCGCCGGAAGUGCUCAAAAGAAAGCGCUACUUCGGCCUGGGCGAUGACAAGGCGGAGGUCUGGGACCCGGAGGCAGCUAGAGAGGCUGACGAGCACACGGCGCGGUGCGCGAACGAAGGCUACGCCGCCGAAGGUUUUGUGGACUCGGACUACGUUUGUAAACCGCGCGGGAAUCACCACUUCCGGCGCCCUUACGCCAUCGACGCGCGCCAUCGAGCCACGACCGCGCCGCCGACGCAGGCGAAGAUGUACGCCCCAAAACCGCCGCCGCCGCCGCCGCCGCCUCCCACCGAUCCGGAGAUUCUCAGGAAGUUGGAUGAGAGAGAAGAUAGGUGCUCGGACCUGAAGGAGGUGCUGAAGGCUCUCGAUGAAGAAAAAGGUUUGCAUCCGCGGCGCGUCGUCGAACUAGUCUGUCAAAAUGAAAACGUCCCGCUCGGCGCGAUGCUGCCCUACCUCAAAACUGUAUUAGGAAGGUGGCACGCCGAGACGGAGGCCGAAAACAAGGAGAGCAGACGGCUCGAGAAGGAGUGCGCUGCGAUGCGUAAAGAGUUGCACGACAGCAAAUGCGCGGAAGUCGCCGCGCUGCCGAACGUGAACGAGUACGCGGAUGUGUUGCAGAUGGAGCCCGGGCCGGAGAAGACUGCAUUGCUCGAUGAGAUUCUCGAGGAGAAGUAUAGGAUUGACGAGGAGGCGGCGGACCGCUGGCGCGAGGAGGAAGGGCUGCCGCCUCUCUCGAAGGAAGACAGGGAGGCUUUAUUAGAUAAGAUCAUGUCGGAGGACGACAGGAAAUGGAUGGAGAUCCACAAGAAGCGGCAGGAGCCCGUGGACCACGAGCAGUUCUUCCGGGAGCUCGAGGAUCCGGACACGGGUGGCUUCGACUGCGUCGCGCGGUGGAUCGGCAAGGGCGUGAUUUCGGACGAUGCUCCUAUUGAUGUAGAUGCUUUGAAGAAGUACCCCUACAUCGUCGGCGAGGAGGUGGCGAAGGACGAGGAGGGUCGGUAUCUGAUCAACGUGGCGCCGGCGCUGCGGCCGUACGUGCAGGAGCCGGAAGUUGUGGGUAGGGGGACGGUUGAACUUGAUGAUCCGGGCGUGGCGGAGAGCAAGGGGGAUUAAUGUGUGUUGUGCUAGUGCUUUGCUUAGACUGGCUAGCCGCCGACACAGGCGCGGGUGUUGAUUUUUUUUUUAAUCACCUGUCUGAUCUCUCAUGGCGAGGACAGACACGAGUUUCCGCUCGAGCUGUAGCAAUAAUUAAUCGCCCGACGUAUCCCACACCCACUGACCUAGGUAAAAUAGGCUUGGCUCCUGGGAAUCGCUGGGGCGCAAACAAAGCCCGCGCGCGAAGGAGCGUACAGUGAAGUGAGUAUCGCCGCGUAUAAUCAGGCGAGCAAGCAAAUACCACGGUCCUUCCGCGCAAAAAAGAGAGAAACUGAAAAAAGCAGCCAAAACUAUUUAGAGCCGCACGGCGCGCGCCAUCCGCGUUUUGCGGCCUCAGGACUCGCGACGUGGCGGCGUGGUACGCCUCGCCGGGCGAGCUGCGCAUUGACAAGACGCUCGGGCGGUUUCCGGGGACCGUCGGCAGUUUCAUAAAAAACAAGGCCCCCUUCGGAGAACGGGCGGGCGGCGGGGCGUGUGUCGAGAGUUUGCUUCCCCGCGCAGGCAACAGACGAGAGCCUCGAGAUCAUCGGCGAGCGAAGACAAAAAACG